AUAUGUGCACAUCACGUGAAUUAUAUUGCGUAAAAAUCUAGUGUAACUCGAGUGCGUCAUCAAACGUAUGAGAAUAAAAUUGAUCGAGUGCCAACAAAAUAUCCUCAAUAUCGAAUUCCUAUAAUGUUUCGCAACCAAUAUGAUAAUGAUAUUUCGACUUGGAGUCCCCAAGGUCGUAUUCACCAAAUUGAAUAUGCUUUGGAAGCGGUAAAACAAGGGUCGGCUGCAGUUGGUUUAAGAUCAAAUACUCAUGCUAUCUUGUUGGCAUUAAAGAGAUCCUCUGGAGAAUUGGCCUCUUAUCAAAAGAAAUUAAUUCGUAUUGAUGAUCAUUUGGGUGUCGCUAUUGCAGGGUUAACUUCUGAUGCACGUGUAUUAAGUAACUUUAUGCGGACAGAGGCAAUGAAAUCAAAAAUGAUUUUUGAUCGACCUUUACCUAUUUUCCGCAUCGUUUCAGCAAUUGGAGAUAAGGCACAAGUAAACACACAGAAUUAUGGUCGUCGACCUUAUGGUGUUGGUCUUUUAGUUGCUGGAUAUGAUGAAACUGGUCCACAUUUAUAUGAAUGUGCUCCUUCCGGAAAUUUUUUUGAAUAUUAUGCCAUGUCAAUUGGUGCUAGAUCACAGUCGGCAAAGACUUAUUUAGAAAAGUAUUAUGAAAGUUUUGCGGAAGCUUCAUUAGAUGAGCUUGUCCGCCAUGGACUUAAUGCGCUUCGUGAUACAUUACAGCAGGACAAAGAGCUUAGUACUCUUAAUUGUUCUAUUGGGAUAGUUGGAGCUGAUCAAAAAUUUCAAAUUGUCGAAGGGGAAGCAUUGCAAGCUUAUUUAAGUCUACUGGAUACAGGUGCCCAAGAAGAUCAAGGACAAGCACCAAUGGAAACUGAGGAUUAGUAAAUUAGUAUAAAAUUAAAUGUGAUUGAUUUUGCACCUUUUUUUUAGUAAUAAAAAAAAAAAUAAUAAUAAUAAAU